AUGUUGUACAUGCGCAGCAAACAAUCAUCAUCUCGUCAUGAUGUUUCAGAAAACUUUAACUUCAAAAAGAAACCAACACACCAUACUACGCGACCGUCAGAACUCAAUCGAGGCAAUUCAAUAGGGUGGUUAAGACAGUACGUCAAAAUAAAUCGGCAUUGGUGUAGUUGUCUACUUUCGUUUUUGGAGGUUAUGAUCAUGCUGGCGGCCGUCGAGAUGAAUCUCUGCAAGAGCCGGUGGUGCGAAGAUCAGCUGUUCGCCAUUUUUGGUGAGCAGCUCUCUGUAACAUCACAACAGCCUCUAGAAGGAUAGACUCACCUUGAAUUGCCCAUGUUUUGUUUGAAUAAAUACAAUAUUCAGUUUCUCGUUUAUCCAACUUGUUAAAAUCACGGCAUUUGCAUAGCGGAUAAUCGUCUACUUCAUGGGAUGAAAACAUACUAUCAGAGGAAAGAAGCAAGCAUGCUGAUAAAAUUACGGGGUAUGGGAUGAAGAUCAUAUACAUACGACAUAGGACGUUUCGGUUUCAAUGCAUAAAACAAAUCACAACUAUGUGUGGAAGUAGAGUCCGCCUGCCGGUGUAAGAAGAUUGUAGCGCAGUAGUGUCACGUGCAAAACGUGGUUAAAAUUCUACUCAGGAGGACUAGAAAGCAGGACGGACGACUUUGGUUGAAAAUUUUAUAGAUACCCUAAAAUAAAAAAUUAGAAUACACUAUACCCCACUGAAAUAAGGUCAUCAGAUUUUUACACAAAUAAUCGGAAAAAUCAGUUGUCAUUUUUUAGCAGCUAACAAAUUUGGGAAAAUCGGGAAAGAAGGGUGAUAAUAAUAUCUAUGGGUUAGUACUGCGAAAAACAUCUCUUGCUCCUCUCAUAGAACUACGAGACAAAAAAUAUCGCACGCACAUGUUUGAUUUUGGU